AUGAUCUCCCUGCGCUCCAACGGAUUUCACCCCAGGCACUUCAGCAACCCGACCUCCAAGGCCCUAGAGGUGAUGCCGAAGCUGCCCCCGGCCCAGGUGGCAGUUGACGGCCAACUUCUUUCGCAGGUGUUCACGGCCUUCAACAGGGCCCUCGGCAGGUCCACCACGGAAGGGAUCUGGAGGCAUGCGGCGCGCGCCGCCGUGGCUGAGGAUUGCGGCGAGGAAUUAGGGGCCCUCGUGGCGGACGCGCAGCAGUGCUGCGAGCGCGUCGCCCAUGCAGGCUCGUGGCGCGAGUGCUGCUUGGCGCAAUUCCCGUUGCACCUGCUUGCGACUGGUGAA